AUGUUGAAGUCCAUCCUUAUUCUCCUACUAGCCAACCUUGCAUUUGCCGUCACAGAGGCCCUUCUCUGCCCUUCCGGAUGCUAUUGUCCAUCAGAAAAGGUCGCUCAUUGCUGCCUCUUCCCAUCGGACUAUUCCUCGCCUGUCCAAUGUUAUUUACCUGGUCAGCGACAGAUUUCUGCCAACUCAAACUUUACUUUGCGAUGGCCGGCUAUGGACACUUGUUUGUCCAGAUGGACUGAACUUUAUGUUCUUCUAUCUCCUGAUUCUUGGCCACCCGAUCCACCCAAGCGACCAUGUACAGCUCAAUUGAAUCGUAUUUCUAUCACUGGUGGGAGUUUAACUGCUCUUACUGCUAACCACUUUCAAAGGCUCUUUGGUCUCCAGGAGAAUCAUUUAAAGGCUCUGGUGAUUCGGAGCACUCGCUUGGAUAGUUUGGAACCGGGUCUCUUUGAUAGACUCGCCUUGAAGACAUUAAAUGAAAUUCAUCUAAUUCAAAAUCACAACCUCAACUUCAAGGGUAUCGGUGUGUCUGCCUUCUCUGGUCUUCCGCAGUUGGAGACCUUAGACCUUGCAAGCAAUCGCAUUGAACAGCUUGACUUCGUGAGAUGGGGCUUUCCCAAAAUUAGUAAGGAAAGGCCGGCUAGCCGUCUUAUCUCCCUCAAUCUGGCUAACAACAGUCUGACGUAUCUAAAGUCGGGGACUUUCAACUUGUUCCCUUUCUUGGAAAUCCUCUCUUUGGCAAAUAACAAACUUUCCACCCUUUCAUCUGAUGUAUUUGAAGGCCUCACUAGUCUGAAGCACUUGGAUCUCUCUGGCAAUCUACUAAACAUUCUUGGGUUGAAAAACUCUGUACCGGAUUUCAGCAUUGCAUUGGCUAAUCUGAAUCUCCUAGAUGUAUCUUUGAAUCCCCUUAUGCGAAGUGUUUACACCGAAACUGCCAAAUGGUGGCUCUCCUCUGGGUGUCCUGCCUCUCUCACCCACCUUAUCAUGAACCACAUCGAUGUGGAUCGGGGUCAAGAGUUACCUAUCCUUCCUCCAAUCGACUGGAUGAAGUGUCAGAAGUUGGCUCGAGUGGAGAUUCAGCAGGUACCUCGGCUCUCCUGCCUCCCUGCCUCCUGGCUGGGGUCUGAUGUUUUCCCGACACAUCCGGCGAUCAUCACUUAUGCGACCCGUGUAUGUAUACCGCCCACUACUACUACCACUACCACCACUACUACUACUCCUAGCACGAAAAACACAACUGUUCGACCAAGGUCUGGGCUUACCACCCCUACUACGGGAACUGAGCCAUUGAGCUUGCGAGAGCUCAUCAUCAGCUCCGUUGUUGGUGGAGUUCUCUUCUUGCUCCUUAUACUGCUCACGGUGAUAAUUCUUAUGUGCCGUCGGAGACGUUGGAUGUAUGGGUCGGUUCCAAAGGGGGACGAAAAGUCGGGCGGUAGUACAUUGAAGGCUGAAAGGAGGGAGAGGCCCACAACGUCUACUUACAUUCCCGCAUCAAGCUAUCAGAUCUCCCUAGCCGACAACGAUGACGGCGAGUUGUCAGCCUCUUCAUUGCGUCAGACGAGUUCGCGGAUCUUGUACGAUGAAAAUGGUAUUCCCGUCUGCAGUAUGGUCGUGCCAGAGGUUGGCUCCCCCACAGCUGUCAUGUUGGCUAAUGGUACUCUUGCCUACGUGCCCCAAUUCAUUCCUCUCUCGGGUAGAGCCACGCCGUCCAGUCAUACGGGCCUCUUGGACAAUAGCUAUCGAAGCUCGCGUCUUCUGCUUAAGCAACCUGUCAUGGUUCCACUCAUGACCAGUCACGCCUCCCUUGCAACCUCGCAAAUCGAUUUCUCAUGUCAACAACAGAGGCCUCCUUCGACAUAUCAACCUCUCGGAAAGGUUGGACCCCGUUUGCCCACCCAUCAUCAUCAACAUCAUCAUAAUGGAAGUAGUAACCAUGCUCCAACAUCGACACUAUCAUGUAAAUCCACUUCCUUCUCCUCCCUUGGAGGCUCUGUGCACUCAGAGAUACCGCUGCAUGCGAGCGCUUUUAGCGCCAGUCCACCGCCCCUGGCGACCGUUGUACAGCCGACUAAGCCCUCUUUUCCCCCUUCCUCUUCCCCCUCAGCUGUGUCGUCCACUGAAGAGCCCUCCUUGAUGGUUGGAACCGGAGGUGCUGUCACCACUGCUUCGACCACCACUUCCACUGCUAAUCCCUCUCCGAAUGGUCAUUCUGAUGACGCUGCCGCUUAA